AUGGCUCUGGAAAACAAUAAGGAACUCCUCAAGCAAGCCCGUCUGGGGAAUAUGGACGGCGAAAAAGGUGUAAAGUUCUUGGCUGGUGAAGUACUUCGAAUACAGGGUCCAGAAGGGUUGAACUACUGCGAGAAACCGUAUUUUAGGAGCGCUCUGUGGGAGGGCACAUGGAAGAACCACGAAGCUACAGUGAGAUAUCUCAUUGACAAAGGAGCUGAUGUUAACUUCAAAGAUAAGGCCGGACGUACACCGUUACACGAAGCAUCGCGAUAUGGUCAUACUACUCUAGUGGAGCUCCUAGUGGACCACAGAGCCGACAUAGACUCCUUGGAUGGGGCCGGCGAGUCCCCAUUGGCACAAGCAGUGAGCUGUUGUCGCAUGAUGUAUGGCGCUGUUGACGCCAGGGCGCUAGUGAGUGCGG